CAUUACUAUGCACCAAACAGUAACAAUAAUUCUUCCUUUUCAGUACCAACACAGAUAGUGCCUCAUGCCUAUGACUCAGCCUUUGCCUCUCUUCAAUUCCAAUAUCUAUGGCCUUUAGUCUUUGAAGGAUUUCCAGAAGAUAGACCUGCAAGUGCUUCUAAGAGCCAUAGCCAAGCAGAGAAAAGAAGAAGGGACAGAAUCAAUGCACAGCUUGCAACUCUUAGAAAACUGAUUCCUAAGUCUGAUAAAAUGGACAAGGCUGCAUUACUAGGGAGUGUAGUAGAUCAUGUGAAGGAUCUAAAGCGAAAAGCGAUGGAUGUGAGCAAAAGCAUCACAAUUCCAAGUGAAACUGAUGAAGUAACAAUAAUAUAG